AUGUCCGGAAAGAAAAUAGAUUUAGACUCGAGUGAGCCUUCCGGUAACAGCGCUCACGAUGGAAUUAUUACUUCACAGCCGUCAAAUGUCUCGCAAAUGCAAGCUUCGUAUGCCUCGGAACAUCCCAUUAAAAAUAAUUCACAUGGUUUUUAUGCUACUAUGAUGAAUGGCUUGGGUACAUUCUGUGGAUUUAUGGGAUCGAUUCCAUUGAUUUGUUGUUGCUUCCCUAAUCCUUAUAAAAAUGUUGAGCAAGGAAAUGUUGGAUUAAUUUCACGUUUUGGUCAAUACUAUAAAGCUGUUGAUCCUGGUUUAGUUAAAGUGAAUGUUAUUACUGAAGAUCUCAUAAAAGUUGACGUUAAGAUACAAAUCACAGAGAUUCCAAGACAAGCCAUUAUGACAAAGGAUAAUGUAUAUAUCCAAAUUGAUUCUAUUAUCUAUUGGCAUAUAAUCAAUCCCUAUCAAGCAGUUUAUUGUGUAACUGACGUUCGCAAAGCUCUUAUAGAACGUACUCAAACUACACUAAGGCACGCUCUUGGUGCACGUGUUCUUCAAGAUUGUAUUGAAAACCGUGAAGCAAUCGCAUAUGAAAUUAAAGAAAUCAUUGAUGAACCUGCUCAUGCGUGGGGUGUCAAGGUUGAAAGCAUCUUAAUUCGUGACCUUGUAUUCUCUCCUGAAUUACAAGCUUCUCUUUCAUCUGCCGCGCAACAAAAGAGAAUUGGUGAAAGCAGAGUUAUUUUGGCGCAAGCUGAAGUUGACUCUGCCAAACUUAUGAGACAAGCCGCUGAGCUUUUGAACUCGCCUGCUGCCAUGCAAAUCCGUUAUCUUGAAACAAUGGCAUCAAUGUCAAAAGCUGCAGGAACUAAAGUUAUUUUCAUGCCAUCUAAUUCUACAUAUGAUGGUUCGUCUGGUGUAGUAGCUUCCGGUUCGUCUGGAAAGCUUGAUCCAAUUACUGC